UGAAGCCAAAGCGAAAAGUUCCGUACGGCGGAUAGAAAUUAGACUUCGAGAAAUUUUCCAACGUCUCGCCCGAGUACAUAUAGAUUUUCUUUUUUUUUCGGAUCAUAUGUAUACUAGAUAUUUACUUCAAGAUCGCAUAAACGGAAAACUUUACGAUUUUAUUUAAAGUUUAAAGAAGUUUACAAGUGCCAGUGUAAUCCCUCGAAUUUCCUUCAUUUUGGCUGCAAAAAGUAAAAGUUAAUACGAAAAAAUUGCGAAAUCGAAAGAUCAAAUCGCGUGUGAUCGAAGCAGCACAGACACACACAUGCAUAUGUAUAUAGCAUAUGGUAGUGUGUGUACCUAUAUCUGUUCGGGUUGAAUCGGUGAGGGCGGAGCAGCUCUUUGUAUCGACUGCUGCUGCUGCUGCUGCUGCUGCUGCUUCUGUUGCUUCUUCAGUGGCAAAGUCGCAUUAAAGUGAAUCGUAAAUAAAAACGCCUGCCAGGCCAAGAACAUAAGUAAACACAACAAGAGAACGUUCGCAUACCACAGGUCUGGUUCUUCGGGGGCCUUUGUUCUCGGGCAUAUUAUGGGAAAUGCAGAGUCUACGCCGCCUGCAGAUGACUCGCAGGUGCAGCCGCCGCAAGAACAGCAACGGCAACAGCGAGUGGGAGGAGCAGCCGCUACAACGGAUGACGAGCCCUGGUGGAAUGACAUCGAGCACGAGAAUUUGGUACUGCAACAGGCCCCCACCAAUGCAGCCACAUCAACGCCCAAAAAAGUUGAGGACGCUGUGAAAAUAGCGGAAGAAAAGGCAACAAUUCGAGAAGAACCCAUUGAAAUGGAUAGCAAGGAGGAGUCCCCCAAGCGCGAGCAAACACUGGAGGAAUUCAGGGAGGAGCUGCGCACCAAGCGGGAGGCGCGGCAAACUGCGGUGCAGGAUCUGCGCGAGGAAAUGAACAGCCUGAGAAGAGAAUUGGCCAAGGAACAGUCAGAUAAUCGACGUCUAAGAAAGGAGCAGGGCGAGGAGGAGAGGCCAGCAGAGCAGGCAAAGGAUCUGCAGGAGCCACUAGAUGUGCCCAAGGAGCAGCCAGAAAUCGAUCCAGACGAUGAGAAUCCCUCGAGCCGCAGUCGCCAUGCCAACAUAGAGCUGGCCAACGCACAAUUGGCACUACAACAGGCCAAUGCCGAGAAUCUGUCGCUGCGCGGCGAAGUGGAGGUGGUGCAGCGUCAGGUGGGAACCCUCAAGGAGGUGAUAAGCUGCUGCAAGCAAAUGCUCAGCGUCAAGGAGGAGCAGUGUGCACAGCUCAAGAUGAAACUGCAGCAGAUCGAGAACUCCUUCAGCGAGCGUGAGAUGAAGAUUAUGUCCAACAAUCUGCGGCAGGAGUACGAGCGGCAGCUGGUCAACAUCCGCCAGUUGAGGCAGCUCUACGAGGAGCGGCAGCGCGUGGCGGCUGCGGAGUACGAUAAUCUGCAGCGUCUUAUCUCCAUCAAGAAGGAUGAACUCAUAGCCGAGCAGGAGAAAACGAAGAACUUUGAGGAGCGCAAUCAAGCGCUGCUCAAAGAAGUGGAAACUGCCAACGAGCAGCUGUCCAAGCUGCGCGAGGAAUGCGGCGAACUAAAGUACGAGAAGCGAAUGCUCAAUGAGCAGGUGGGAGCCGUCAAUAUGCUCUUUAGUCAGCUCAUUAUGGGCUUCAAUGGCAAGAGCAACAUGGACAUUGAUCGCUUGAAUCAAAUGCUCGAAGAGAAUCGCCAGCUACUCAAUCAGAUGACCCAAGCCGAGGGCAGCUGCAGCGAUGGCGCCACGCUGCCCAAGCUGCUCUUUGAGCUGGUGGAGGAGGCCACUGGUUCCGGGGGCUCCGGCGAGGACUCCGACAAGAGUCGCAGUGCAACGCCAACACCCCGGGCAGUGGCUAAGGAUGAGGCUGCGGCUGCGGCUGACACUGCGGCUGUUGGUGUGGACGUGGACAUGCCCGACUGUGUCCAGCGAGAAGGAGGAGGUGCCGCUGUUACGGCUGAGCCCGAAAUUAUGGGAAAAGUUGCCUCGGCCCAAGAAAUCAUUGGCAACUUGCCAAAAGUUUGGAAAGUGUUGAUGGAGCUCUUGAGUCACCACAAAAUUGAGCGCGUGCAGUUCGAAGAGCUGCCACCGCCGGCCAGGAGCUUGGCUUCUGGUGCUGCAGCUGCUCCUGUUGCCACAGGGGAAGCUGGCAAGGCGGCAGCAUUAGCCAAGCCAGCGGAGCUAAGCGUCAGCAAGACCUACAUCAAAUUGAAGGACCUCAUACUGGAGAAGAAGUCGCUGGUGAAGGAAACGAAUCGCUUGAAGACGCUCAACAGCCAUCUGGACUAUCGCUUGAAUGAGCAGGAGAAGCGGCUGAGCGCCGUCAGCUUGGAGCUGACCAAAACGUGGCAUCUGGUGGGCAAGAUGCAGCGUCAGCAUCGACAGCUGCACACCCAGGAGCAGAUCCUGCGCUAUCAGCUGCAGCAGAAGCGUCGCCUGCUCAGCGAGCUGAAGGACGAGCUGGAGUACUGUCGGCGCAAGUGGGCAGCGGCCAGGGCCAAGAACGAGGAGACCCAGGAGCAGUGCGACGACUGGCGCAGGGAAUUUGCACGCCGCAAGCUGGAGGAUGCCAAUCACUCGGCGGAGAGCGGCUACAGCGACUCGGGGCCGCAGUCGGAUGAGGAGCGGGACUCGGGCAGGGCAGAGGAGCAGGAGGAGCAGGCCGCAGCAGAGCCUGUGGUUGAGGCCGUCACGCCGCCUUCUAGUUCCGGCAAUUGCCGCAGGAAGCACUUGAGGGAUCAGUUCGAGCACACGCGAAAGAUAAAGCGCAUGCAGAGCACAUCGCCGGGACGUCAGGCGGCCGCUGCUCUGAGCUCUGGCACUGCGGAGGAAGAGGGCGAGGAGAUUGUUCUGCGCUGGAACAGUGCGCCGCCCACCUGCGGCUGGCGUGGGGAGACUAUAGAGAACGACGAGGACGAGCUGGACGUGGGAGCUGAGGACUCUCGCGGAGCCAUACCCAAGACCCCACACAGCUCGCGCAGCAGACAGCGCAGUCAGGCGGAGGAGGCAUCAACUUCGGGCACGGCCAGUCGCAUCCAGAAGCUGGAGGAGCAGUGCAAAUCGCUCAUACAGCAGGUGCUGGAGACAUCCGACAAUCGCGAACGUCUCGAGGUGCAGCUGUGCCGCUUCCAGGACGAGGUCUCGCCCGCCCAGCAUGCAGUGCCCCUCGACGAUUUCAUCAACAACAAGCGGCUGGAGCGGAUGACGCGUGCCAGCUCUGCACCGGCCACGGGCAGCCUCACGCCGCGCGAGGAGGAGUACACGAGAAAGCGCUCGGAGCGACUGGGCCGCCUGGAGGAGGAGUCGCGUCAGCUGAUGUCCCGCAUCAGGCGCACCACGGAUCGCGGGCACUACCUGAAGAAGUCUCUGGAUCGCAUCAGACGCGCACCCAGUCGCGAUGCCAGCUUCGAGAGCAACACGGAGGAGACCGCGGAGACCGAGGAGACCAAAACGGAGGAGAAUGCAUCCCCGCUGACCGCCGACGAGGAGGCCUACACAUCCCGGCGUGCCGCACGCCUGCGACGGCUGGAGCAGGAGAGUCAGCAGCUGCUCGCUCAGCUCUCAAAGAACUCCGAGCGAAGCGAGGGUCUGGCCACCAAACUGGACACGCUCCACGAGCGACAGCAACAGCAACAGCAGCAGGAGCAGCCCAUAACGGCUGCAGCUAUCUCGCAGACUGUGGAACAACGACUGGAGGACAUCGAACGAGUGUCUGUGAAUCGCGCCGAGCGUCUCCGUUUGAUGGAGGCGCAGGGCAACGAGCUGAUUGCACGCCUGAGCAACACCUCGGAGCGUGGCACGGCCAUGAUCAAUCGCAUGGCAGAGCGGGAGGCCAGCAGGCGGCAGGAGGCCGAGCUGGUGGAGCAGACCCUGCCCACGGAGGAGGCCACCAGCUCCGUGAAGAACAUAGCCAGCACGCGGAUUGCAGACGAAGCCGAGGGUGCCGCCUGCUGCGUUACCGUCACCACAACCGCCACACAGCAGGCCACACAGCAGCAGGCGGCCGCCACGGGCGCCAUUCCCAAGAAGCCGCCAAGGAGCACACCACAGGCUCACCUGUGCGCCGCCUCACGCCUGGACGAUGCGGCCAAGAAGCGUUCCACGGGCAAGGAACCCGCAAACGUUGCACCAGAAACUCUCGAGGAUAUGGUGCAGCGACUGCGUUCCUUGCCAUUCCCGGCCGAGCAGCAAACACAAAAUGUGGCAGCCGCGGAAACCAGGGAAGAAGAGCAAGCGGCGGAGGAUGAGCAGCAGGAGGAUGCAAACUGAAAGAUGUUCACUAGAGUUUAAAAUUACGAAUACUCCGCGGUAAUCCUUGGCCUUAACCAUACACAAUAAUCCACACGAAUAUUGUUCAUUUCCGGAAUGAAUAAAGAUCUUUAUAAUCUCACAA